UUUUCGAUUCCUUUGUUUCGCCUUCGGAUUCAUGGCGCGCUUCCUUCGUUUUAAUUGGAUUCUAAUUCGUUCUUCUGAUUUAUGUCUUCCGUUUAAUUGUUUGCAUGUAUUGAUUGUGCCUUUGCAAUAAAAUGUUGAUCGCCGGAUUUGACUAAUUUUUUGUAAUCGUUGUUGUUGGAUAUUGGCACUGAGCUGAAUUGUAAUGUUGCAUGUGUAUGAUGAAUGAUGAUGAUGUGAGAUGGAGAAAAAUGUAUAGGGAGAUAGAGAGAGCUUCAAUUUGAAUCUCAUAGAGUCUAUUUGAAGAUAUAUGUUACUUAGGGUUAAAGAGAUCGACAAGGUUUAAAGAUAGGUUUCUUUUUGGAUUGUGAAUUGGGGUAAUUGGACUCGGACGUCAUCGAGGAAGGUGAUCAGAAAAAUCGAAUGCUGUGCCUUGGGGUAUUCCUUGCUCAAGCGCCAGAAAAUUAUGACACUCAGCAGAAGGUAAUAAGAAUCUGGUAGUAUAGGACUUGACCUGCAUCAGAGAAGGUUUCUUAGUCUUCUGCAACUCCCUGAUAUAUAGCACAUACUUAUGAAUUUCCAAAUCACCAAAUGUGUUCAAAGGUUCUUAAUCCUGGAUUCUGCUAUUCUAUUAUUGACAAGGGAUUUAGAAAAAUACAUCCAGAGCGAUGGGAAUUUGCUAAUGAUGAGUUUCUGAAAGAUCAGAAGCAUCUUCUCAAGAAUAUACAUCGCAGGAAACCUAUCCACAGUCAUAGUCAUCCUCCAGGUUCUCUUGUAGAUCCAGAAAGGGCAGCAUUUGAGGAAGAAAUAGACAAACUUUCCCGUGAGAAAAAUUCUCUUGAAUCCAAUAUUCGUAACUUCAAACAACAUCAGUCAACAGCAAAGCCUAAGCUAGAAGAUUUUCUGCAGCGAUUAGAUGGUGUUGACAAGAGGCAGAAACAAUUGCUGAACUUCUUUGAGAAGGCUCUUCAGAAUCCUACUUUCGUUGAACAUCUUUCACGCAAAAUUGAGUCCAUGGAUUUAUCUGCAUAUAAGAAAAGGAGAUUGCCUCAGGUUGAUCACGUGCAACCAGUUGCCGAAAGUAGCUUGGUGGACAAUCAUAGCAAUUUUAGAAUGGAAUUUGGAAAUGUUUUCCGUCAAGAUUUUUCGAAUAAACUCAGACUGGAGUUGUCACCUGCUGUUUCAGAUAUGAACUUGGUAUCACGUAGCACACAGAGUUCAAAUGAAGAUGGGGAAAGCUCACAGAAAAAGCUGUCUGAAGUAGAACCAAGAGGAGUGCAGACAAGAACAGCUCUUACAUUUGCACCUGAAACAUUAGAGCUUGCAGAUACUGGGGCUUCUUUUACUUUUAAGAUGGAUUCAUGUUUAUCACGAAGAGCAACAACUGCUGAGAGCUCAAAACUGAUCUCUUUGGAGCCAAGUAGUGAAGAAGGCGAUAGUUUAUCCUGCCAACUAAACUUAACUCUGGCAUCUUGUCCAUUGCAAGUGAACAGAAAUUCAUACUCAGCCAGAUCACCCCAAAUUGACUGUCAAGAAAUUGGAAAAUUGGCAGAAUCAAGAUUUUUUGCCAAUGGUAAAGAAUCUGAUAGUGGUGUUUCCUCAAACCUAAAUGUAGCUGCUGAGGCUACCAAUUUAGCUUCAUCACAGGAGGCUCCAAGUAACAACCAAGUUAACCCAGCUCCUCCAGACAGGGUGAAUGAUGUUUUCUGGGAACAGUUUCUUACUGAAAGGCCAGGCUGUUCUGACAAUGAAGAGGCAAUAUCCAACUACAGAGCAAACCCAUAUGAUGAACAAGACGAAGGACGGUCAACUCAUGGAAUCUCUAGAAACAUUAAGAACAUGGAUCAACUCACACUUUGAGUUGGGCAUGCUGUCUUGGAGAACAGUUGAACUAUUUUUAUAUGAAUUUUUCAUGACUAAUACACAAUAUGAUCUGAAACUUCACAGUUGACAGUUGACACCAAAUUGUGUCGCAAGGGCUUGAAACUAUUCGGGCUUACUACCUGAUUUAUCUUGUGAAAAAUCCGAAAUGUUUACCAGCUUUGGGGACUGAUGGAUACAAUGUUAAUUAACUGUUGUAAAUAUUCAAUUUCUGAUUGUCUUUCAAACGUAUUCCUGUAAACAUAAAAGUCUUGAUUAUGGAAUUUUUUUUCUUCAUGUUUGCGUAGAGAGAUGUGCAGUAAGUAUUUGCUGAAUAGACCAGCUUUACUUUCCA